UUUACUUGACUAUACCAAAAAUAUAUUUUUUCUAAUUUACUUAACUAAUCAUGUGUUUCGAUCCGUGCCGUCUGUACUUCAGUUUAGUGUUUACUUUGUUGCGUGAAACUUUAUUGAUAAGUUAUUCUGUUUACGUGUAAUAUUCAAAUUAGAAAAAUGAACGGAGCCUACGACGAAAUCCUCUCGGAUAACCCAUUUUUUGUCGAGUUAAAAAAUAAGUAUAUGAAUUUAUUUCAUCACUGCAUCGCGCAGUCAUGGAUUAUAUGUGUGCCGCGUAUUGGCAGUUUGAACACUCGUGUGUUUACCAUAGAAGAUUUUUGCGCACAUAUACUAGUUCCUAGCGACGAACUCCCGGAGACACAUUAUAGUACUCUUACAGAGAAACAGGUAACAGUCACUAAUAAAGUGAUCACUCUAGAAGUUACAAAAGGCCUUCCAUUGCAGAGCCAUAUAUUGUUUGAAGAGACAUUUUACACUGAAGAUUUCAUCAAAUAUAAAGUAUGGUGUAUUGAAACUCCUCUUGAACCAGCCUCAAUAACAGAUGAUCAUACCAUAUAUAAAGAUUAUCUCACUUCCAUUAAUGACUGUAUUGAUUUACUUUGGACACAAGCAGCUGGUCGUCAAGUCCUUGAUCAAAUUGAACAUGUUAUUCAAACGUUUUUGAAAAAAAAUCCUACUUUACCUGUAGCUUUGAGUCCUUUAAGGGAUGCUGUUAGUGAGCUAUACACUCAGUGCCUUCAAAUUGCAUUACAGAACAGAAGGCUUCGAGAAAAGUCUAAGGCUUGUAAACAGGUUCUUGAAAAUAUAAAAUUAGCUGUAGAAUGUUAUAUGCAGCAACUAUUAUUUGAUAUUCUGUUCAAAUCAAUAUGUACAUGUUGUGCAUAUGAAGACUCUCAUCUUAAUAAAAAGAUUCGAAAUAUGAGUGACAUACAGUUAAGAGAUCUGGAUAUUAAAAAGGAGCUGUAUCAUGCAGUUCCUAAGGCAAAACAAAUUUUAUCCAAAAUUGAUAGUUAUCAAACCGUUUUAGAAAAAGUGUUAUGUAUAAAGCAAGCCCUUAAUGCAAUUACUGAAAUAGACAAAAGUAAUAAUGUAAUUCUAUUAACUGCUGAUGAUUUAUUGCCCGUUUUUGUUUUUCUAGUAAUUAAGUCAGGGUUGCCAAAUUGGUACAGCCAACUUAUGUUUAUGAAGGAGUUUCGUUUUAGUGGGGUAGGUAAAGGUGAUGGUGAUGAAAGUGCCUUUCUCAUAACUACCCUAGAAGCUGUGAUUGAACAUAUUCAGUCAGGAGCUUUAGCAGGACCCCCAGACCCUGAAGCUUACUACUAUGAAAGUAGUCUUUCUGAAGAGAAUAUUAAUAAUAAUCAAAGGAAGAGUAGUCUGACAGAGUCUAUUUCAACAUCUGAUACAAAUGAUAAAGAUGAAACUUUAGAAUACGUAUUUGAAUUAAUUAAAGCUAAUCACUCAGAACAAGUACAAUCUAUAUUGCAAAGAAAUCAAAAACAUUUAACAAGCAUUCAACAUAAUGAAACUAUCCUAAAAAUAACACUAGAAGGUGAUACAUCAAAUGAUGAUGAUGAUAAUGAUGAUGUUGAUAUUUAUCACAAACUUUGUCAUCCCUUAUGUAACUGUAAAAAAUGCUGUUCCAAAAUAUCAAAGAAUCUAUUGAAAACAUCUCCCACUGUAACCUCUAGAGACAGUCAUGGCCUUACACCAUUGCAUAUAGCAUGUAUACAUGGUAAGGCAACUAUUGUGGAGUCUCUGGUAGAUAUGGGCUCAAAUAUCAAUGCUACAGAUGUUAAUGACUGUACACCACUGCAUUAUGCAUCAUCCAGAGGACACCAAAAUGCCUUACUUUUAUUAUUACACUCUGGGGCAAACAUUAAUCAAACUAACAUUGACAAGAACACACCACUACAUUUGUCUGUCAAUAAUGGACAUAUGAAUUGUGUUAAAGCAUUAAUAUAUUUUGCAGAACAUAGCAGAAAAAAGGUUAUAAUAAAUUGUGUCAAUGAAAGUGGCAACACACCCUUACAUUUGGCUUCCAAAUGGGGAUAUGAAGGGAUAGCCAGGUUACUUAUAGAAAAUGGAGCUGAACCUUCCUUGCAAAACAGAAAUCAUAAAACAGCUUUUGAUUAUGCACACAAUCUGAAAAUACUGAAUGUUUUGAAAUCAUGUACACCUAACUUAUAUGAGUAUAUACAUAUAACUAGUUCCAAUAUAAAUUCACUGCAUUGUAAAUCUGACAAUGCCAUAAGUCUUAAGUUACAAAAAUUAUAUCUAAAAUCAAACAAAAAUAAAUCAUCAAAAGCUGUAGAAAAUCUAAAACUCAUUGAAAGAAUAUUAAAAGCUAUAUCAUAUGGAGAUGUUAAGCUUGCUUGUUUUUAUAUGGAAAUUGACUAUGAAGCUUUCAUAGACACCGAAAAUUCCAAAGUUUUGUGCCAUCCCCUGUGUGAAUGUGGAACUUGUAAGAAAAAAUGUGAAGCUACUAAUGACUUUGAUGUAAACAUCUCUGAUUCAUUUGGUUUUACACCAUUACAUUAUGCUGCCCGCUAUGGAUUGGAUGAGUUAUGCAAUAUACUUAUACUUAACAAAGCUAAUAUAAAUUGUAUUAAUAAAAAAAGUCAAACACCUUUACACUUAGCUGCAUUGAAUAACAAAAUUAUUGUCAUCCGCAUACUUCUGGACAAUGGUGCUAAUAUAAAUGCUAUAGAUUCAAUGGGUAACACUCCACUACAUAAUGCAAGUGAAAUGGGUAAUAUUGGAGCAACCAAAGUGCUGAUUAGUUAUAAACCUGACACAAGUAUGUUAAACGGAUCUGAAAAGUCAGCAUUAACUGUAGCUAAAGAUAAAGUGCAUUUAACUAUAAUUGAUUUAAUAGAAAAAUACACAAAUAAAGUAUAGGUAGUAUAAUAUACCUGUGCAAAUACGCAUAUAUUAAGAGAUAUUUUAUUACUUAAUAUUAAAAUAUCUAUGAUAUUUUAAUACUAAGUAAUAAAUUUAUAUAAAUCAUAUAAUAUCAUACUUAAUAAGUAAUUAUAUGUUUGGUGCACUACACCUACAUCCAAUAUUACAAAAGAUUGUGAAAUUAAUUAAUUACUUUUUAUGCUUUUAAAACUAAUUUACCUUUUAUUAUUUUAUCUUAAUAGGUUAUUUUUACAAUGCUUUAUGUAAACAAUGCAUGUAAAAGAUCUGCUCAAAAGUUAAUAGGGGUAAGUAUUAAAACAACUUAAAGGGAAAAAUGGAUUCUUAAUAUUUUAGCUUUAAGUUUAUAAUUAUGUUUUAAAAAGCAUUUCUUACCAAAGUCUAGCAACUCUCAAUUUUUAAAAACAAAGGUAUUAAUAAAGUAUUAUAUUAUUAGUAGCUAAAUCAAAAGUUAAUCAUAGUUCUUGCUGCACAGUACAACUGCUUCUUAAAUUAAUAUUAUAUAUACUCAAAUUAAAAUCUCAGGACUGUCCUAGUCUACUACUAGUGGAAUUUUUCAUCACUUAAACUCUCGAAUCUUUAAAAUUGCAUUUUUAAAUGGAAUGACAAUGAGGCACUUAUACAUGCUCAAUGCUGUUAAUGAAUAUUACCUAAAUAUGUGGUCAUACCGGUUUUAACACUAGUUCCACAAGUAUUUAUUUCAAUAACAUGUCUACAUAUAUUCCUUGAUGCAACAAUGCUAUUAAUGUUAGUAUGUAUAUCUGUUUUUUUUAUAGAUAAUAUUAUAGUGCACCCACCUACUUUACUAACAUACACUGGCAGGGCACCAGUUUAGGAUUUUAAAAUGAACAUGAGAUAAGGUCCCGUUAUUACAAAUUUAUCAGGGGUAUACCACGU